AUGAUGGAACUGAUCAUGGAGCUCUGGAUGCAGCACUCCUUGGCGCUGCCCCUCAUGGUGGUCUUUGAUUGGAUGCGCCAGCAGCCAUGGUGCCGCCCGCGCCUCGACUCCUACAGCCUCGCCGUUCAGAUCGCCGCCCACUCCCGCAUGUGGGGACGAAGCGAGGCGCUGUUCGAGGAGAUGCAGGCGGACGGCGUGCGGCCGGACUCGUUUGUCUUUUCUGCGAUGGUGCGUGUGCUGGCGCAGCAGGGGCGGUGGGAGGAUGCGAUUGGAUUGGUGGAGAGGCGGGCGGCAGCAGACGUCCCGGAGCUGAUGUCACUAGUGAAGGUCUUGCUGCACGACAUGGCAUGCUCGCCACACGCCGCCUCCCUCACAGCAGCCCUCCUCUCCUCACUCUCCUCCCUCCCCUCCUCCUCCUCUCCCUCCUCCUCCGCCUCCUCCUCGCCAAACCCCUUUUCUCUCGACCACGAGUCAUACCGUCUGCUCCUCCGCUCCUUCUACUCCCACAACCACCUCCCCCUCAUCCCACCAACCGUAACAAGCAUGAUCCAAGCAGGCUAUCCUCUCAGCCAAUGGGAUGCCGCCAUGUGGCUCGAGGCCCUGGCUGCCCAGGGCGACGUUGCAGGGAUCCGGGCAGCUGUUGCGGAAAGUUUGGCGCUCGGGCUGCCCGAGCCGGAAAGUUUUCGGAUGGCGUUGGUUCUGGGGUUUGCGAGAGCUGGGGAGAUGGACCGAGCUUGGAUUGUGUUUGUAGGGAAGGAGGAGAGUGAGAGAGUGAGUGAGGGAGUGAGUGAGGGAGUGAGUGAGGAAGUGCAGGAGGGAGUGAGUGAGGGAGUGCAAGAGGGAGUGGCGAGCCAGGUUUCUCAAAAACAGCCUAAGAGGGGUGUGGAGCCGAGCUUGUAUGUGAUGGUGGUGGAGGCGAUGGUGGGGGCGGGGCGCAUGGAACAGGCGGAGGCGGUGUGUGCGGAGUAUGGGCGCGCUCACUUGGUCACUGUGCAGCGGUUCAAAUACGGGCGCCCCUACACUGUACUCCUGUCCGCCUACCUCCUGGCCGGCAAUCUUUCGGCCUUUUCCCGUGUAUGGACAGCAAUGCGGGCGGGCGGCCGCCCGGCGGACAGUUACGCGCUUCGUCUGCUAGCCAAGGCCUGCGCGUCUAUGGGCGGGCUCAGGGGGCUGGCGGUAAUGCUGUGGGCGGCAAAAGAGGAGCGGGAGAGGGAGGUGGGAGGGAGUGAGGGAGAGAGUGAGGGAGGGAAUGAGGGAGGGAGCGUGGGAGGGAGUGAGGAAGUGGAUAGUCCAACGUGGGAAGCUGUCGGGGCGAGCGGUGGAGCAAGUGUAGCAGUUCCAGAAGGCAGUGUGACAGAUGAACCAUGUGCAAGCAGCGCUGCAGUGGCAGCAGGUGCAUCUGCAGCAGCGCCGUUGGCAGAGUUGGCAGCAGGAGCUAUGGUGGUAGAGGUACCCCCGGAAGAGGUGGAGGCAGCAGAGAGGCAGUUCCCCGUGCUGGCGGGCGAGCUGAGGGGUAGCGACAAGGCGCUCAGGGUGGUUGUCAGGUACCUGUUUAAGGAUGCUGACGUGGCGGGUGGGGAUGACAUCGUGCCUGCUGACGUGGCGGCUGGCGAUGAUGUCGUGCCUGCUGACGUGGCAGCGAGCGGGGAGAAGGUGGACGGUGGCAUGGCGGAGGGUGACGGGCACGGGGUUGUUGAGGCGGGAAGCGGAUGGUCGGAGGAGUGUGUGGGUGUGCCGGCAGCAGCUGAGGAGGCUGUGAGCGUGCCGGCAGCAGGACAGCAGCAUGUGUGUGGUGGAAGGGGCGAGGAGGCGUCAGAGGGAGAUCAUGCGGGCGAGUCUGAUUGGGACGUGCUAGGGCAGUCAGUGUGCGCGAGUGAUGGGAUGGUGGAGGGGGUGGAGGGAGCAGAGGCUGUUUUUAAGUCGACUCAAAAACAAACACGUGGUGUGCUGGGGCAGUCGGUGCCGGUUGUGGGUGGCAAAGUGGAGGCUGGUACAGUGCAGCACGGUGGCAGUUGGAGGGAUGAGAACCAACUAGGUGCAGUGCACAUGGCUGUAGCAGAGAUGGCUGUAGCAGAGGCGGCUGUAGCAGAGGCGGCUGUAGCAGAGACGGCUGUAGCAGAGACGGCUGUAGCAGAGACGGCUGUAGCAGAGACGGCUGUCGCAGAGAUGGCUGUAGCAGAGCGGGCUGUAGAGGCAGCUGUAGCAGAGGCAUCACCAGAGGGGGAUUUUCCUGAGGAGAUGGUGGCACAGGCGGCUGGAGGAGAGGCAGAGGCGGUGGAUGACGCUAUAACGAAGGUGAUUGCAGCAGAGGCUGGGGGGAAUGAGGCUGCUGCAGCUGCAGGGAGUGAUGCUGCACCUGAGGAGAUGGUAGCAAAGGCAGUUGGGGGAGUGGCAGAGGUGGUGGAUGGCUCUACAUCGAAGGUGACUGCAGAAGAGCCUGUGGGAAAUGAGGUUGCAGGCACUGAUUCUCAUGCAGUUGAAGGAGACGCACAUAGGGUAGGCAACAGGGUAGGCGACAGAUUAGGCCAGAGGUUCGGCAACAGGUUUGGUCGCGACAGGUUCGGCGACAGGUUUGGCAAUGACAGGGUGGGUGACUAUGUGCAGAGCACUUACUGGGGCGUGGUGUGGAACCCUGAGAGUGGCGCAGAGGGAGGGGAUGCGAGGGCGGGAGGCACAGGCAGGCGGGGCGGAAGGGUGGGAGGGCGGGAGCGGGCGCGGGUGGGGGAGAGAGUGCGGAGUGCGUUGGAGGAGCUAGAGAGGGCGGAGGAGGGGGAGCUGGCGGAGAGAUGGGCGCAGCUGGCGCAGGGGGAGGGGGAGAGGGCAGGGGAGAGGGGAGGGGAGAGGGGAGGAGCGAGGGGGAGGAGGCAGGGGGCGGCUCAGAGAGUGGAGCAGACGUGGGAGCUGAUGGGGGAGAGGCGGGCGAGGCUGCGAGGGGAUCGAGAGCGGUUGAGCCCGGUGAUGGGGGGUGGUCGGGGAGUGAGGGGGGAGGGGAAUGAAGGGGCGGAUGAGGCGGGGAUGGGGGAGUGGGAGCAGGAGGGGGAACGGGAUGGGGAGGGGAGGGGGAGUGAGGUGGUGUGGAAGAGGGUGGAUCCUGAAGAGGCGUGGCUGUUGGUUCAACAGCAGAUGGCGGAUCCCGCCGCGCCUCCGCCCCCUCCUGCUGCAUGGGCGCGUGUUUUCUCUGCCCUGCGCGACCCCGGGCAGUACGGGCAGCUGAAAGAAGUUUACCGGAUGAUGCUAAGUGCUGUGGGGCGGGAGGGGACUCAAAUGCACGGGCAGCAAGGGCAGGAGGGACAGGAGGAGGGUCAAAUGCGCAGGCAGCAAGGGCAAGAAGGGCAGGAGGGACAGGAGGAGAGUCAAAUGCCCGUGCAAGAAGGGCAGGAGGGACAGGAGGAGAGUCAAAUGCCCGUGCAAGAAGGGCAGGAGGAGCUGAGAUGGGUGCAGCAGGGGCGGGAGGAGAUGCAAGUGGGGCGGAGCAUGAGCCGCUAUGCUGGGACUGCUGAUGGGGGGGUCGACAGUAAAAGAAGUGAAACUCAAGAGGGUGACAGUAGGGGGAGGGGCAGCGGUAGAGUUGACAGCAGUGGCAGUGAUAGUAACGAGGGUGAUAGUAAUGAGAGUGCUACAGUGUUCACAGGAGGGUAUGUGCUUCCAUUCAAUCUGGUGCUGAUGUCAGCAUGCAGGCAGGAAGCAGCUGAUGACGUGGCAGCUGUUUUUGGUGACAUGCUCAGUCAUAACGUCAUCCCGUCAUGGGGUGCAUGCGGCCCCAACCAGCCGUUCCCCUCCCCCACAUCGCUCAUUGCCUUUGUUGCCUCUAAAACCUUUCCCCCUUUCCCCUCCUCUCCCUCCCCCCACUCUCUCCCUCUACAGAGGUCGCUGCUCUUCGUGCUGAAGGGUGCAUGUGGCCCCAACCAGCCGUUCCCCUCCCCCGCAACCCUUGUUGCCUUUGUUGCCUCUAAGGCCACUCAGCUGCCACCAGAGCCCCACGCGUCUGAAGAACCGGCGACAGCUGGCGCGGUUACAUCUGAUACAGUUACAUCGGACAGGGUUACGUCUGCGGCGGCCCCGUGUGCCAGCUCAGCGUUGUCCGCGCAUGCCAGCUCAGCGUUAUCCACACGUGCUCGAGAGGUUCUGGAGAACAUGGCAGUGCUGCUGAUCGGAGAGCCGUGGGCCGUUGAUCGUCUGAGAUGGAGCGUGGAGAUCGCAGAGUGCAUGCAGAGGGCUCAGGGCAGCAGCCCCCUCCUUCUGCCCUCUCCUCUCGCGAGACGGUUCUUCUUUGCCUCUAGGAGCCUACGAUUGGUUGGGAAGGAGAGAGAUGAGGAGGGGAGAGGAGAAGCAGAGAAGCGGGAUGAAGGGAGGGGCAGAGAGGAGGUAGAAGAAAUGGAGUAUGUAGGGAAGGGGAGGGAGCAGGGGGGAGGAGAGAAGGGGUCGGAAGGGAGAAGGGGAGGAGUAGAAGGGGAGCAGGAUGAGGAGGCAGAGGAGGGAUUGGAUGGAAGGGGUGUUGGCCUUGGUGCUUCUGAGAGAAGGGAGCUUCUGAAGCAGCAGUUGAUUGGAGUGGUUCGGCCGGACGAGAGACGCGAGGAGGAGAAGUGGGAGGGAGGCUCGGUGGCUGUGCUCGGCUCGGCGGAGGCUCGGGAGGAGCUGGCCGAUCGGAUGGAAGCACUUUUAGAGGCCAGUGCUGCUGCCCGGCAGGCUGCUUGGGAGGAAAAAACUGCCCGGCGGGCAGCUGAACAGGCAGAGUGGGCAGCAAAACAGUUGCGGGUGGAAGCAGAGUGGAGGGAGGAGAGGGAGAGGGAGAGGGGAGUGGCGGUGGAACGGUGGAGGCUGUUGAAGGGGAACGAGAAAGGGGGAUUGUGGCGGGUGAAGGGGGGGGGGGGAGGAGGGUUCGGAGGGGAUGAAGAGGGAAGAGUGAGGGGGAUGGUGAGGGGCGGUUUGGGGGAGGGGCCGGAAGAAGGCAGAUGGGGGGCGGAAACAAGAGGGGAUAGGAUGGAAGAGGAGGAGGAGGUAGAGGAGGGGGAAGCGGAGGGUGCAGCGGGGAAGGGGGUUGCUGUGGGUGCAACAGGCGUGGGGGCAACAGACUUGGGAGAGCAGGAACAGGGGGUGGGGGAGCAGAGGGAGCAGAGGAGGCAGAGGGAGGAGAGGGAGGAGAGGGAGGCGUUUGCAGUGGGGGUGGCGGAGCAGGUCAGGAUGCUUGAGUUCAGCUGGGUGAAGAUACGUGCACGCCUCAACGAGCAGUUGGACCAGGUAGGAGAUGUUUAG